GGCAGCGUAUACGUCGGCAAUACAAAGCUGAGCUUGGUGCUGCUGGAAAUAUGCUUGCUAGUUUUUUAUACCUUUUUUUCUUCCUCUGGCUUUAAAAAGAAUAAAAUAAAUAAGAGAAACUGCACUUUGGAACGUUUUUCUUCUUUUUGUGAAAUUCAUACGCUUUAACGCCCUUUCUUACAUUUUUAAUAUUCAUUUCACGGGGAAUUUAGCAUCUUUUUUAUCUAUCGACAACAACGUUACAAGGACUUAAUAGCGCUACUAAAAAAUCUAACGAUAUCAUAUGGCUCUAGUGUACGAACCCGGAGACGCGCUGUCCUUCCAGCAGCCCUUUGCCACUCAGGCCCAGGACCAGCUGCGCCUGACGAACAAAAAUAACUCGCCCGUUGCCUUCAAGGUGAAGACUACGGCUCCAAAGCAAUACUGCGUGCGUCCCAAUGCCGGUCGCAUUGAGCCUGGAGACUCUGUCGAAGUGCAAGUUGUCCUGCAGCCGAUGAAGGAGGAUCCGCCAGCUGACUUCAAGUGCAGAGACAAAUUCUUGAUCCAAAGCAUCCAGAUCACACCCGAGAUGGAUUCCAUGCCCAUGACUGAGCUCUGGUCCAUGGUUGAGCGCGAAGCCAAGUCCUCUAUCAGCGAGAAGAAGCUGCGCGUCCGUUAUCUGCAACCCGAGGCAUCCGACAAACAAAGCCAACAAUCCGUCGCUGGUUCCGCUGCAGCCACCACCAGCGGUGGCACUGCUGAUGAAAAGGCUGCUUCUGGAAACACAGGAUCGCAGCAGCAGCGCUCCGUUCACUCCUCUCGCCCACUACCUGGCCCAUCACCUUUGGCUAAAUCCGUGGACACCCAGGUGGACUCUCCCGGAGAGGAGUCUGGGGACAACUCGUCACCCCACGAAACACCCAAGUUCAGCGACACCUCGCUGCCUGCUGCCGCAGCCGCCGUUGCUGUUGCACCCAAGACAGCCGAUGACUCUGCAGUUACUGGCCGUGUUGAGGAGUCUGCAAAGAAAUCGGCUGAACCCUGCGAUGUUGUGCCCAAGAAGGAGCUUGAGACUGCACAGGGCACUAUUGAGGACCUCAAGCGGCAAUUGAACAACUACAGGCACCAGUUAGAGAGCGCUGUGGCUAGCGGGAGUGCCGCUUCGGCUGCGGCUGUAACUAUACCUGCAGGUGGUCGGGCGGUUAGCGCUCAGACUUCGAAGACUGUUGAUGGUUUGUCCAUGCACUCUGUGGUUAUUGUCGCUUUGGCUGCGUUUAUGGUCGGAUAUUUCUUCUUCUGAGUCCCUUACAUUUUACUGUCCGUUUUGUUUUGCCCUGUUCCUGUUCUUGUCUUGCCUUGUUUCUUUAUUUUUAUAUUCGUUCAAUUUUUUAUACUCGCAUAAAAUCAACUUGUUUUUCAUCCACAUUAUUAAGACAUGGCGUAUAUGUAUGGAUGGUGUAUAUUUAAAACUUUUGACAUACAAAUGUGACAUAUUAACUUUACCACAGUUGUGUCAGCAGAGCAACCAGGGUUACAGCACCCACGACCAACCUGACACUGUUAAUAGCAUUAGCACUACCCUUAAACCUGUUGUACACACCGUAAUAACAAUGGUCAUCGGCUCCAAGUGGUUCCACCGCCUGCCACACUCCACCCUCGCAUACCUUAUUUGCAAGCAUUACUCUUGGUGCUGGUCUUUGAGCUAAUGGAGGUUGUGGUCUUGCUCUUAUUUUUUGAAGUCGACUUUGUGCUUUUAUAUGUAGUGGUGG